GCUGCCGCGCGCCGCCGCCGCCGCCGCCGCCGCACUCGCAGCCAUGGCUCGCCGCGAGCGGCUGCUGGCCGCGCUGGUGCUGAACGUGACUGUGCUGUGGUUGAGCGGCGGUCCGGGCCGGGCGGCGGCGCUGAUCGAGCCGCGCCUGGACCGGCCGCGCUGGUGGGUGCCGCCGUCCAACCCCGGCGACAGCCACCGGUUCCCGGCGGAGCCCAAGGUGGCGCAGCACCGGCCGCAGAAGGACGAGCCGGCGCGCGAGGACGUGCUGCCCGCCUACAUCGUCAGUGAGCACACGGUCGGCCCCAAGCCGCCGCCCGGCUACAGCUUCUCGGCAGGGCCCAAGCCGGCGCGCUUCCCCAAACCCGCCCAGCAGGACGAGGAGGAGGGAGAAGAAGAGGAAGAUGAAGAUGGAGAGGCGCGGGAGGAGGAGGCCUCGCCGGCGCCGCCGCCGCCGACCACCCCCGAGGUGACGGUGGUGGACAACUCGCUGAAGCACCUGUGGCCCAAGAGCGGCCGGCGGUACGGAGGAGCGCGCCCGCGCAGCGGCAGCAGCUCCCGUCCGAGCGACACCACGGUGUGCGGCCCGCUGUGCCCGUCGUUCCGACUGGCGUCCCGGUCGGCGCGGUACGACGUCCGGCUGUACCCGCGCACACUGUGGGUCAGCUACGUCACCGUCACCGAAAACCGCCUGCUGGCCGAAAUGGAGGCCCGUGCCGGUCUUACAGAGUUCCUCGGCGGCAGGAACAGCCACGGUAUCGAGCUGCCGCAGACGUUCCCAUUCGUGACGCAGCUGCGGUACGGCCGUGUGCCCGGGCGGCACAAACAGGGGUCCGACUUCAGCGUCUCCAUCCCGCUGCUGGAGGACUCGUUCCUGCCGCGGCCCGACUCCAACCAGCUGGUGGUGGACUACGUCAGCAAGCAGCGGGUCUUCGUCACCUCCUUCUGGGCGCGCCCCUGGAAGCUGACCGACAGGUCACUGCGCAUGCGCGCUAAGCGCUUCAUCCGCCGUCUAAGGCGACACGGUCACUCCUUCCUCGACAGCUACUAUUACCUCGCCAAAUACGAUAGCGCGGAGUCCCGUAAGCGCUCCUUCUACGAGAUAUGGUUGUACAGCACACCGUUCAAGAGCAAGAAGCGAUUCCGACCGACGGGGAAGCCACAGAUGGCGCACCCGUCGAACCGCACCCUGGACACCAUCCAGCGGCUCUGUAGAGGUCUGGAGUGCCCUAAGUUCGAGGUGCUCUCCGAAUACCGGGGCGGCAUUCAGAAGCGCCACUACUAUAACGCAGUGUUCGCCACUGCGCCCAUGGAGGGCUGCGACUCGAGCAUUGACGCCAUGUGGCGUGGCCUGCUGCCGCUGCACCUCUACAGGCAUGGGAUCAACUCUCACCUGGAGGUGAUCGAGGCCACCCGGCCCGUCGGCCUGCUGCGGGUCACUGAGCAGGAGCCGACGCACAACGCCACGUGCGCCAUGAGCUCGCUGAUGUACCUGCCGCGGCGGCUGCACAGGAACCCGCCCAACGCCGGACCGUCGGCGCCGCCGACGAGCAUGGCGUACGUGCACGACCUGCACGUGUUCGUGCAGACGGUGGGCGGCUUCGUGCUGGAGCCGGGCCGUCUGGCGCAGGAGGUAGCUGAGUUCCGGCGGCAGCUGGACGCGCUGCGCCUCUGCUACCGGCCCCGCCAGUACUUUGUGGCCGUGUACGACUUCAUCCAGCGCUACCACGGCCGGCUCAACGAGCUCUGGAUGCUCACACGGCGCUGCGACGAUGGCGAGAGGGCGUAGCGGAGAGAGUGCCAUGGACACGGUGUGUGGAUGAAGGACGGACGGGCCGAGGUACCCGGGCAGUGAGGUGGUUGACUGCUGAAUGAUGGUGGGGACGGCAGGAUCCCCAGUCGCGAAGAUGGAAGGCCCUCGGU